AUGGCAUCCGCCCUCCCCAGCCACAGCUACAGCCCCAACCUCAACAUCAACACCGGCCCAUCCAUCCCCGGCCUCGCCCCCAACCCCGGUCCCAUCUCCUCCUCACCCACGCCCUACGCCUCCUUCCUCACCGCCUCCAGCCUCCCACCCCAAUACCUGGAGGCCGCAUACCUCCUGGGGCCCACGCUCUGGAAAGCCUCGCACCAAUACCCGCACGCCGCGCUGUACAGCCUGUACAUCCCACCUGAUGCCUUCUUUGCUGCCGCCGCCGACGCCGCCGCCGCUCAGACAAACAACUCCAACUCCAGCAGCACCAGCUCAGACAAGGCGAAGUCAGGAGCAAAAUCGAAACUGCCCCUCAUCAUCACCGUGCACGGCACGGGCCGACAAGCAGGCGCGAUGCGCGACGCGCUGAUUCCGCUGGCGGAGCGGGCGGGCGCCGUGGUGCUGGCGCCGCUGUUUCCCAUGGGAGUCGGGGACGGGAAUGAUGUGGAUGGCUACAAGGGGCUUUUGUUUGAGCAUGAGUUCGAGGAAGGAGGCGGGGACUUUAUGCGCGUGCGGUACGACCUGGUACUGCUGGAAAUUCUGGAGGAGAUUAGGGUGAGGUGGGAGGGCGUGGUGGAUACGGAGGAGGAGGUGUAUCUGACCGGGUUCAGUGGUGGGGGACAGUUUGCGCAUCGGAUGUGGUGGCUGUAUCCGGAGCGGUGGAGGGGGGUCAGUGUGGGGGCGCCGGGGAGUAUUACGGGGUUGGAUUGGGGGGUGGACUGGCCCGAGGGCGUGCGGGAUGCGGCCAGGGUGUUUGGGCGGGGCGUCGAGGCGGAGAAGGUAAGUGGGGUGGCGGACGUGCAGCUGGUUGUGGGGGAGCUGGAUACUGAGCCGCGGGGGGAGGGAGUUCUGGAUGUCUUACCGGGGGGAAGAGGCGAUCGGGUGAGGAAGAGGGCGGAGCCGAACCGACGAGAAGUUAUGGAGGCGUUGAGAAAUCAGUUGGUGGGGAUUGGGGUUGAGGCAGAGGUGGACGUGGUGCCUGGCGUCGGGCAUGAUGCGGAAGGGGUGUUUCCUGUCGUGGAAGAAUGGCUUGAAAGAGCGAUGAGUAAAGGCUGA